AUCCAUCCAAAUAUUUCAAUCCACUUGCCACAUCACAUACUGCUCACUAUUCGUUGUAAAUCAUUUUCAACAUCCGUAUUUUUCAGUUUUUUUAUAUUUGGAUAAUACAUAGAAAUAUUUCUUGGAUAAAGUUAUACUUAUACCCACCAACUUUUCGACCCCCACCAUUAUAUUUGGUUUUUCUCUUCUUAUUUCAUCUUCCUCAUCGUUUUUCCAUCACAAGUUCAAAUCUUUUUUUUUUCUCUUCGUUUUUCUUCAAAUUCUCUCACAAAUUCUGAACUGGGUUUUCCAUUAAUUUCCAAUUUUUCCCUUUUUUAAGCUUUCAAAGUUCGAAAUUUGAUAAAAAAAAAUUAGGUCCAAAGAAGAAAAAAAAAGACCUUUAUUUUGUUCCAUUAUUGCGCUUUUUGAUCUAAAAGUUCAAGUGGGUCUAACUUAAAAGUGCCAUAUAAUCCAUAAAAAUAACACUAUUUUUCUGGGUUUUUAUUAAAUUUUCUUGCUUUCUUCAAUAAUGGCUUGCUGUUCUAUGAAACCUGGUGUAUCUAUUUCUGGGUACAAUGAAACCACCAUUGUUAAACCCAAAACAACUCAACAAUUUUCUCUCUCCUCUAAAUUUUAUGACCCAAAAACCAAAGAUCAUGCAGAUUUGAGUUGCCAAUUUAUGGGACAGACUCUUGUUGUUUCAGAUCAGAAAAAACUACCUCUUUCCCCUGCCAAAUUUUAUGUUCAGGCACAAUCAUCAUAUUGUGUAAGUAAAGCUCUUAGAUGGUGGGAAAAGACAUUAAUGCCCAACAUGUUAGAGAUCCACUCAGCACAACAACUUGUUGAUGAAUUAAAAUCUGCUGGUGAUAAACUUGUUAUCAUUGAUUUUUAUUCUCCUGGUUGUGGUGGUUGCAAAUCCCUUCAUCCCAAGAUAUGUCAGUUGGCUGAAUCAAACCCAGAUGCAAUUUUCCUGAAAGUUAAUUAUGAGGAGCUGAAACCAAUGUGUCAUGCACUGCAUAUUCAUGUUCUGCCCUUUUUUAGGUUUUAUAGAGGGGCAGAAGGCCGCGUCUGCAGUUUCAGCUGCACUAUUUCAACUAUUAAGAAAUUUAAAGAUGCAUUGGCAAAGCACAAUACAGAAAGAUAUUGUAGCCUUGGACCAGCAAAGGGGCUAGAUGAAUCUGAGAUGAUGAAAUUAGCAUCAAUUGGUGAAUUAUCGCAAAAAUCACGAGUACCGACAUCGAUUAGCAAUGGAUUAUUAGAGGAAUUGAUUUUUGACAAGAUUGAUAUCUCUAAUCCAUUGAAUGUAGCAGAAAAUAAUGUAAUGUUGGUAACAUAAUUUGGUACAAAAUUGUUAGUUGAUUGAGUGAUGGAGAUAAGCUAUGCUCCAUGAUAUCCAUUAGGGUUGGCAUUUUUUGGCUUUAUGUUUCUUUUCUUUUUGUUUUUUAGAUGUAAAUAUUUGUUAGGUUUGCUAUUGGAGGAAUGGGGUUCUGGUUUUUUUUAUUGAUCCCUAUUAGAUUGAUCAAGAUUAUGCGUAUUUGUAUUUAUAUUAUGAUUUGGAUGAGAUGAAACAAAAAAUACACAUGAUCAUAUUCAGGUA